GGGGGGCCCCCCCCUUAUUCCGUUUCAGAUUUAGUACUUGCUGGUAAACAUGACUGACUGCAGUCAAAAAGUAGCGCUAGUUUUAGGCGGCUGUGGUAAUGUUGGUUCAGGAAUUGUGGGCGGUUUGUUAAGAAAGGGAUAUGGAAGGGUUGCGGUUAUUUCACGGGACCCACAACGACUGAACACACUACGCAACAACAUUGGUGCCGCAGCAGAAAGAGUUGUUUUUGUGCUUGGUGAUGUUGGAAAUGAAGCAGGAGCAGAAUCUGCUCGUAAUGAGGUUGUAGCGCAAUGUGGCGGUCGAAUCGAUGACAUUAUUGCGGCAAUCGGCUUUCCUUGGUGGCAGAAAGGGCCCGUGAUGUUUCAGAGCAAGCUGGAGCUUGAGUCGACUCUGAACUCUCUCGUUGUCGCACCCUUUGUAGCUUACAAAACUUUUAUACAUCUUGUAAAAGAUAAUCCGAACGGGACGUUUACUUUCGUUACGGGCGGGGGUGCGGAUAUGUAUUUGGUCCCCGGAACCGGGUUUAUGGCCGUAGGUGGCGCAGCAUCUCAAGGUUUAGCUCGAGUGUCGUUGAAGGAACAUGCCAACGACCCAGUUUGUGUAACGGAGAUUUCUUUUAUGCUCGGAGUAACUCCCGUUCCCGAGAAGAUGCCCCCCGCUUUCGAAUGGAUCUUUAAUCAAGAUGCUGGGGAUGCGAUUUCAUCUGUUAUAGUAGCAAGAUCAGGACGUGGAAAGACCAGGACCAUCACAUCACUGGCUGAAUUGAAAGUUCUCGCAGAAACGGGCACACUAUAAAAGCCCCAGCUAAAAUAACUUGAAUGAACUUUUCAUUGGUUUAAUACUCUGUACAAGGUCGAAGACAACUCUAACCUGAAGGAAAUAACAAAGAGCAAUGACGUACAAUGCGAUUUUUAUUGAAUAACGGUCCCUGUUUUAUUGCAUGAAAUUAUAAAAAUGAACAGCCUAUUAGAUAUAUUUUCUGUUCCUCAAAACAACCAACGUCUAGGUUGUGAUAUUUAACUUGUCGGUGCCUUAUUUUUAUUUUCUCCAUUUUCAUAUUUUAACAAACUAAAUUACGAAUCCUACUUUUGUGGAAAAAAAUAUUUUAAAAGCUAAUGGAAUAAACUACAAAUGACAUUUUU